AUGAUAAAAUAUCGGAAUAAAGCAAUUGGAGCUAUUCAAAUUGCUUUCCAUACCAGCCUCCUGAAAAGACCAGAGUUUCUACUCACUUUAGCCUGGGGCUCUCUGAGCGUCUUGGGUUAUGUGGCUCUUCUCUUUUCAAUAUCCACCUACGCAAACACAGUGGGCCUUACCAUAUUCCAAGGGUCGAUUCUUGGUGCUACGUUCAAUCUUGGAGGAGGUCUUGGCCGACCCGUUAUAGGAUACGCUAGCGAUUGUUUCGGACGAAUCGACACCCGCACUUUUUGGAUCUUGACCAAAAAAAUUGGGGUCCUCAACUUCUACGCUUUGAUUGGUGGCGCUGUUUCCGCAACAUUUAUCACUACAAUUGCUCCAGUGGGCGCUGAAGUUGUAGGGUUACAAUUCUUACCAUCUGCUCUAUCUAUAUUCUGGGUUUCGGUGGUCAUACCGAGCACAUUUGCCGAGCCAUGCACUUUGGUUGCGAACCAACAAUGGAACCAAUUUUCUGCAUGCCCAGAUAUUCACUGGCUUUAUCUUGUGCGAGCAUGGAAGAUAUCAGAGUUGCAAAAGACUGAUACUGAUGAUGCUGUCAAUUGUGAAGCCAAGGUCCGGGGCAAAAAUGCUGUGCCUCGGGACCCUAUGAUGAUCCAGAAAGUAAGCAAAGUUCCAAGUGUGAUAAGCAAGGCAAAGUCUGCCAAGAACUUGUUCAAAAUAGUGAAGGUAUAG